GCAAAUCUUUAACAUAAAUUUUCCAAGUAACUUCUGUUAAAAGUUUAAGUCAAUGUGAUCACUAGAUUGAAAGCAUUAUUAAUUAACAACAAAAAUUUGAUGUUUAAUAUCAACAAAAUCUGAUGCCAGACGUAUUUAAUUAUGACAUCAAAUUUGAUGCUAAAGGAAAGUUACCAUAAUAUAUAUGAAAUAGUAUUUUUCUUUACUUAAAAAGAAUUUGAAAUCAAGUGGGAUUCAACCGAAAUUUGAAAUCUAUAUAACCCGUGUUUUUCGGUAAUCUCUAUAUAAGCCGGCAUCUUGAAAACCUAAACCUUCUCCGACAAAUCUUAUAAAGAAGAAGAAGACGAUCAAGAAAAAAAGCUAUGGAAACUUUUCAAGAAAGUAUCUUGAAAAUCGCCGAGACUCAUCCAAACACGCCCUUAACCUCUCCGGCCAAAACCCAUGUCAGAAAUCACUUGGACCAGUUGUUUUCGAAUUAUAAAGUCCCCGAUCAUCCUCCGUAUUCAUCGAUGAUAGAAAGGGCUAUUAGGGAAUUGAAUGAGAAAGAGGGUUCGACGGAGCCCUCGAUAUCCCGGUUCAUAUUCGAGCAAUACAACGAUCUGCCGUUGGCUCAUUGGACUUUGCUCAAACACCAUCUCAACAAACGCUGCGAGUCGGGUGAUAUUGCAAUGACACCUGGCAAUAGAUACAUGCUUGCUAGGGCAAACCCUAGCCCUCUUAAGAAAAAUAAUAAUAUUAGGAAUAUUGCUGCACUGCCUAUUCAAGAUCAAGAAAAUAACGUAUUCACGUACAAUGGCGACGAUGGUGGUGUCGAUGAUUGGGUGAUCGAAUGGGCUAAUGAGUUGAUUCAAGAACCCGGAAUCGGUAUUCAAGAUCACGUGGCGGUGGAUUUGGACGAGCUGGAGAAUCUUUCGAAUAAGGAUUUAUUUCAGAUAAUAACCGAUAUAGAUACUCUCAAUCCAAUAAGUAGUACUAUCGAAGUGCAUAAAGAUGAAAAAUCGGCAGAUCAGUCGUUGCAGCAAGGGCAUCGAAUUAGUAGCCAAUCAUCUGAACUAAUUAAUCCUGGUAAUUACGGGGUUAAUACGAGUACUAGCGUUGACCAAGUCAAACAGGGAGCGAAAAGAGGGAGAGGGAGGCCACGUAAGCACGAGAAGAAGGAGCUGCCACCGAUUAAACGGCCGAGGGGCAGACCUCCGAAACGGCUGGAUCAAGAUAACAAGAUCAUGGAUCAGUACUCAUAAUGACUACUUCUCUGAUAUCUAUAUGUAUGUAUAUCUUGAUUUCUUGGACAACAAGCUUUUAAUUUUACUACAUGAUUUUAUACAAUUAGCUUCGGUUGUAAUUGUUAAUGCAUGUUGUGUUCAAAUAACAAUUUAAACCUAGUUUGGACUAUAAACUUCAGUUCAUCUAACAUUAAUUGCAUUGUCUUAAAUAAUUGUGAGGACACUGGAUUUGAUCCUUACAAAAAUUCUUUGACCAUUUUUUUUUUGAUAAGAGAAAAAUUCUUUGACAUUGCAAGUAAGUUUUUGGGAGGUAAAUGUGUUGCUUACCUUUAGUUAUGGGAGUUACAUAUUAUUUCAUAAUGAAAAAUGAUCCGUCGUGGGUUGGAGCUUCUUAAUUCGAAUCAAUUUAGAUCAUCCAAGAAAAUUAAUAUCGAAUAGUUGUGUGUCACAGUAACUCAUGGAUACUUAUUAAAUUUCUGAUAAAAUUUUCUUUUCAAGACACUUAUUUAUGUGCGAAGAUGAGGGAGAACCCCUUCAAUACACAAAAUAAUAGAAUCUAGAUCCAUUUUAUAAUUGGUCUUUCCGUAAAAAAAAAAACUAAAAUUAACAUUAUGAAUUGUGACCGCCUUCAUGGUUCUCUUAUUCAUGUCUUGCCCUUCAUUCCUAUAAAACAUGUUUGUCUCUUUCUAUUCUUUAGUCUAUGGAUACCAUUGUCAUGAUUUUCUCUCCGAAAAUGAGGUACUCGUCGCCGAGAUGAUUUUAAAUCACUAAAUUUCAAAUUGCAUGAGCUCUUGAUUGCACCGACAGUAAAAUUUA